AUGGAGAGCAUCCCUGCUGAACUUGUAAAGAACGAAACCCUAAGUUUAGUGAACUUGGUGAAAAAUGAAGCUCAAUAUUUAUGUUGCUUCAAUAGUUAUGUUCAAGAGUGUGAGCACGCAGAGGAAAGAUUGAAUGCAAAACUCAAAGACGUGAGGAGAAUAAUUGAUCAAGCUAGGGGUGUUUCUCUUGUCACGUCUGUAGCACUACAAUGGACACGUGAAGCUGGAGAACUCAUUGAUGUUGACACUAAGAAAGAGAAAUGCUUUAAUGACUUGUGUAUCAAUUGCUGGCGUCAAUAUCGAAAGGGCAAAGACUUGGCAAAACGGACUCUAGAUAUUGACAAACUUCGAGAGAGAAGUAACUUUGACAUAGUGGCAAGUCCAAUUGAUCUUCUAGGUAUAAAAUACCAUUGCUCACCAAAUUUUAUUCAUUUUGAGAGUAGAAAGUCAACAUUUGAAGUACUUAAAAAGGCACUAGAAGAUGAAGAAAACAAUAUGAUUGGAUUGCAAGGCUUAGGGGGAACAGGCAAAACCUCAAUGGCAAUAGAAGUAGGUGCUAAAUUUGAAGGAUCCAUAUUCGGAAAAGUCAUCUUUCUUGUUGUCUCUAAGCUUCCAGAUUUCAAAAAGCUUCGAGGUGAAAUUGCUAGGACUUUGGGUUUGAAAUUAGAGAAUGGAGAGGAAGAAGUACCCCAUCACAAAAUAUUGGCCAAAAUCAGAGCAUUAAAAGAAAAACUUCUAAUAGUACUAGAUGAUGUGUGGAUGGAGUUUGAUCCCACAAAAGAGUUGGCGAUUCCUCCUCCCCACCUGCAUAAGGGUUGCACUAUAUUGAUAACCACCCGGAUUCAAGAGAUUUGUAGAAAAAUGGAUUGCCAAAGAAACAUUCAUCUAGAAGCAUUGACCGAUAAGGAAGCAUUGUCUCUUUUCCUCAGGCAUACGAGUAGUUCCUCUAAUUUGGAGAGUUUGGCACAAAAUAUUGUGGAGCAUUGCCAUGGAGUACCAAUUGUAAUUGUUGCUGUAGCUAGAUCAUUAAAAGGGCGACCUUCUUUAGUUUGGAAGGAAGCUUUGCGGAACUUGGAAAGUGGUGAGUCAAUAUUUAGGGUUUGUGAUGAUGAUUUAAAAGGGGUCUAUGAAGGUUUGAAAUGGAGCUAUGAUAAUUUGAAAAAUGAAAAAGCCAAAAAGCUCUUAUUGAUAUCUUCCCUACUCCCCGAAGAUUUUGAGAUUCCGAUGGAGUUUUUAAUCAGAAUUGGUGUAGGAAUGGGCCCUUUUGGGGAAGUUGAUGACUAUAAUGAGAGAAGAAGAAAAGUACUUGAUGCUAUAGUGGAACUCCUAGAUUCUUCUUUAUUGUUGAAUGCGGAGAGGGAAUGUGUAAAGAUGCAUGAUUUGGUUCACGAAGUAGCCUUAUUGAUAGGAGAAAAUGAUGUUCAAUCUGUCAUUGAAUCUAAACAGCCUAAAAAGGGCUUGCAAUGUUUAUUUUGGAAAAGCAAUUCAUUUCCAAGACACUUUGAUGGUAGAAACCUUGAGGUUUUACUUUGGGUUCUAGACAACUUAGAAGAUUUGGAAGUCCUUGAUACAUUCUUUACAGGGAUGAAAAAGCUCAGUGGUUUGUUUCUAUGGAGUGAAGCUUUCUAUCAAAUUUCAGCUCCAUCACUGUUUCCAUCAAUUCAGUCAUUACAAAAUAUUCGAACUCUAAAAAUAGGAAAUUUUACAUUAUCCAAUGGCAUCUCUAUGUUGGGAAGGUUACCAAAUCUUGAGAGUCUAUGGUUUGAUGAUUGUUCAAUUAUUAAAUCACCUGGAGAAAAUUUUGAGCUAGAGUUGAGAUUCUUAAGGAUAGAAAAUUGUAAAAUCAAUAUGAGUAAUCCUUUUGAACUGAUUGAAGCAUGCCCAAAGCUACAGGAGUUGACUUUUGUGAGAAAUCAGUAUGAUGAGAAGGAAGUAGAAAAUACAAUUUCUCAUAAAGCAUCUUUUCAUACGUCACAGAUAUAUCAAAUAUCUUGUGAUGGUCAGGAUGAAUUUUUAGAUUAUUUUGAGCAACGUGGUUCCCUGUCAAGAUGCCUUAAGGCAAGUAAUUUAAGGCAUUUAAUCUCUGAGGCAACAUUUAAGCAACUUGUUAAAACAGCUGAGCUUCUUAUCUUAAAAGGUUAUGGAGAAACAAAACAGAAAAAUCUUGUCCCUGAUAUUGUUAUGCUAGACAAUAGAGGCAUGACUAACUUGAUCAUUCUUCAAUUGGAUUUUUGGCCCAACAUGCAAUGUCUCAUUGAUGCUGUGAACAAUCGCUUUGAUGUGAAGAAUGCUUUUUCCAAUUUAGUUGGACUAUAUCUUUCUAAAAUGGGACUAAGCAAUAUAUUAUUUAAGGGCCACUAUAACCUUUGUCAUCUUAAGACCUUGAAAUUAGACAAGUGUCGAAAGCUAACUUCAAUUUUCCUCCCAUCCACUGCUCAAAGUCUUUCACAGUUAGAGGAGUUAAAAAUUAAGAGAUGUGAUGCAUUGGAAUGCAUUGUCGAAGAUAAAAGUUCAAGAGGGGAAAUAGGUCGUGGUGAUGGUGAUAAUGAUCAAAAGAGUUGUGACACUUUGUUUCCAAAAUUUAAAAUUCUUAAAAUUGAUAGUUGUGACAAUUUAGAAAUAAUAUUGCCAAUCCUUCACGGUGGAUGGCCUCUGGAAGGAAUAACCAUACGGUGGUGCGAGAAGUUGAAAUAUAUAUUUGAUAAGUUCCAAGAGGUCAAUGUUAUGCUUCCUUCUCUGGAAAGAAUGAGACUUGUUAGACUACCAAGUCUGGAUGGUGUUUUUAGGGAGUAUGAAAAAUCCACCUCUUCAUCACCCCAACAGCCAGCACCCACGCCUCCAAGCACCAGGACACGUUCUUUUCCUUGGGGUCAACUAUGUUGUUUUAAAUCAAAGGCGACAAGUGAAGAGGCUGAUGUUGCUGUUUCUACAGGGAGAUUACUUGACGAAGGAAUCCCACAGGGAUUACUUGCAUCAAAGAUAUGGAUUUAUACUGCUCCUACCCUUGUGAGACAACUAGCACUCCAUGUUCGUCAUAUCAGGAUGAUGACACUUGCAUCUCCCUCUUCAAAUUCAGUAUCAACUUUGUUCACUUUAUCCAUGGCAUCCGUGAUAUCAUGGGAAGAAUUGACGAUCGGAUGUUAUGAUGGGCUGAAGCAAUUGGUAACAAGCGAGGAUGAUGAUUAUAAAGACCAAAUAAAUUGCAGUUCCAUUUUCCCAAAGUUACAGAAACUUCAUAUCUUAGAGUGCAAGGACUUGGAAUUUUUAUUUCUGUCUGCGAUAUCUAUAGAAAUUAAGAAUUUAAAGUCCUUGACUCUUGAAGAUGCUCCUCAGCUAACAUAUGUCAUUGAGAAAUACCAGCAUCAGCAUCAGCAUCAUUUAUCCAAUCAAAAUCAGAAUGACAAGUGGCACUUUGAUCUCCCUGCUUUGGAGGACCUCUGUUUAGAGAGAGUACCUAAGUUCAUCAGCAUUGGUCCCAUGAAUUAUAAAAUGGUGUCACCAUCUCUACGAAAUGUUUGUUCAGAUAAAGCACAACUGGAUUUGAAUACCACAAAGGAUUUAGAUCUACCAUCCACAUGUGGAGGUUUUCCUUCCAAGGCAGCUCAAAUCCUUUUGGUCCAAUCAUUGAAGAAUGUACGGGAUAUAGAACUUGCGAAAUGUGGGAACUUAAUAUCAGUAUCAACUCUCUCCGUUGCGGCCUCAACAGUUUCGUUGGAAAGUUUGAGAAUAUGGGGAUGUCAUAAACUGAAGUGCAUCACAACAGAUGAUGGAGACGCUCAAGUUGAUAAUAACAAUUACUGUUCCAUUUUCCCAACACUGGAGAAUCUGGAAAUUAACGAUUGUGAGGAGUUGGAAUUUGUAUUUCAAUCAUCAAUAUCUGGUGGUCUUCAAAAAUUGGAGUCUUUGACUAUUGGGAAAGUUCCUGAACUAAAAUAUGUUGUUGGGAACUACCAGCAAGAUCAGCAAAAUGAAGAGCUGCAUUUCGAACUCCCUGCUUUGGCGACCCUCUCCAUCGAAGAUGCGCGAAAGAUCAAAAGCAUUUGUGCCAAGAAUUAUAAGAUGGAUCUGUCAUCUCUUCAGAAAAUCAAGAUCUUGAAUUGCGGCAUUAAAUCUUUCGAUGAUUAUGAUAUGGUGAAUUUGACGACUUCAGAGGCAGUGGAGAUGUGCGGCCAAACUUCAAAAACUCUAAUAGUUUGUGACUCCAAAAUAAAAGAAAUUGUUGAUUUGAUACAUUUGAACACAGAACAAAAUGGGGAGGGACCUGAACCAUUGACAUCAAGUUUACAAAUGUUGAACUUGCAGAAUCUAAGCGAGUUGGUGAAUAUAUGUGUGGGGCCUAAACAUAUCAUAUACCUCCAUAGUCUUCAGGAGCUAUACAUUAGUGGAUGCAAAAAGCUCAAAGUUAUCUUCUCCACUUCUACAGUGCAAAGCCUCCCAAUGUUGACGGAACUAAGAAUAUCAAAAUGUGAGGAAUUAGUUAACAUUGUUGAAAAAGAUUAUGAAACAAAUGAUGAUGAUCAUCAUUUGUGCCAUGAACCAUGCUUUCCCAACUUAGAACAAGUCUCUGUCAAUGAUUGUGACAAAUUGAGGUACUUGUUCUCUAUCACUGUUUCUAGUAUCCUUCCAAAACUAAGAUCUUUGGAGAUAAGUAGAGCCAAUGAACUUGAGCAUGUAUUGGUAAGACAAGGAGAGAUGAAAGAGAUGGUCAUGAAGGAUGUGCUUCAACAAUUACAUCAAUUGGAGCUCAUAUAUCUUCCCAACCUUGUUAGUCUCUGCCAUGGGAUUGAUUUUCAAACUUUGAAAGGAGACUAUAACACGAAAGUGGAUGAUUGUCCCAAGUUUUCUUUUUAUGAAAUUUCAACUACCCAACUUCAAGUAGGCCCUGAAACAACAUAUUCUCAAGUUGAAGAAAAAGCAAAGGAGAAGCUUUCUUCUCAUCUCAGUACCGAACAAUUUUUAAAUAUAGGAGAAACAACACAACAAUCCCUCACGGAGGGUAAUAAGGAAGAUGCAAAGGAGAUCGUCGAAGAGGGUAUUACUUUUGAGAAGCCGAAGAAGACAAAUUUAUCAUCUGACUCAAUUGUAAUAGGACAAUCAGAUGAGUUGAUGGGCAAAGUGGCGAGAAAUGAAAGAACCAUGAUUGAUCCAGAACAAUCUACAUUGGACUCACAGAAUUUUGCAAAGGCACAUUGGAUGGAUGAGUCAGUCAACAAAGAACUGAAAAUGGAAUCAAUCAUGAUGGAGCCACAGUCAAAAGAAGAAAUGACAAGACAUGGUACACAAUCUCAGGAGGAAGAGGAAAGAGAAGGUGGCUUGAUAACUACUCGAUAUCGUCAAAGUGACACAAAAGCAAAGAACUCUUUCCUAAAAGAAAAGCCCAAGACUUCCAUUCUUGGAGACCCGCUUGUGCCAUGUACGGCAACUGUUUCAAGUGAGCAAACUUCUAAGGCAAUCUCGCCACGAAGUGCUAAAUCUUCAAAAGCUUCACUCUGCAAGCCUACUGAUGAUAUUAAAGUUUCUGAUGAGCCUCCUGCCAAUGUCAUUGGUAAUGGUGUACCCAUUCCACGGUCAACGACUCGACACAAGGGUGUUAAUAAUGACAAGGACAUCAAUGAGACAAAUGUAACUCAAGAUGAAUCCAAGACAAAAAUGGCGUCCCGUGGUGGCCAACCAAAUUCAAGUGAGCAUGUGACUGAUGACCCAAGCAAUCUUUGGCAGAUGGAACAAGAGCUGUCAUGUUCUAGAGGCCAAAUUAAGCAUCCUGAUGUGACAAAGUCAUCAAAUAUUAAUACUGAGCAUGCACAAUCUUCGUUGCUUCCAUUUUCUACUCCUUCAGAUUCGGCACCUUCUGUUCUUGAGACUGACCAAGCUUUGAAUGUUAGUGGAGUGCAAGAGAUAGUUGAGAUGAUGAAAUUAGAGGGUUCUGAGACUUCUUUAUUGGAAGAGUCACUCAAGACUCACCCACAACUGCGUCUGUCUACAAAUGAUCGAAGCACCCAAAUGCUGUGCGUAUCCUAUAGGGUAUUGAUUGAUAUACUCCACAUUCUAACCACCAGAACACCCUUCACAAUCACUGAGGCAGACAAGAGGUUGUUGGAAGAGAAAUUAAAGGAUGCUCGUUUUGUUGGUUUUGAUAAGGACUGGCUUGAAUCUAUUAAGACUAAGGUUUUUAAUAGUGAUGUAUCUGAUUUUGAUGGCAUCCAAGAAAUUAUAACGGGUUUGGACAGUGAUCUCAAGACCAAUGAGGCAAUGCUUGCAGCUACUCGAAAUCAAGAGGUUAAGGCAGCUCAAGUGGCCGAAAUGGCUCAAAAGCACCUGGAAGCUGCGUUACAAGAGCAUGCAAAUGUGAUGGCAAAUCAUACUCAGCUUUUGAAGGCCCGACAAGAGAUUCUAGCAAGGCAAAACCAAUACAGGGAAAUGAUUGCUGCUAAAAAUAAACAUUUUGGAUUCUAG